CGAUAGAUCUCAAUCGAUCCUGUAUAAUAACGGUACUGAUCGCGUAAAAGAACAUAGCAAGAUUGUCUCCCUGAGUUGUGCCUUCUUGUGAUAAUAACUCAGUUUCAUUUCGUACAAUAAGUCUCGAUGCCUUUCUGUAGGUGUCGAAAGUGGCGCCGAAGCUGCUAUUCAUGCGAUGAGAACUAUUUUCGAGACUGAACAAUGCGAGGCUGUCAUACUGGUAGAUGCGAGUAAUGCGUUCAACACACUAAACCGUAAUGUUGCACUUCAUAAUGUACAAUAUACUUGUCCACACUUUGCCACGAUACUAAUCAAUACCUACAGAAAGGCAUCGAGACUUAUUGUACGAAAUGAAACUGAGUUAUUAUCACAAGAAGGCACAACUCAGGGAGACAAUCUUGCUAUGUUCUUUUACGCGAUCAGUACCGUUAUUAUACAGGAUCGAUUGAGAUCUAUCGCUUCCGUAAAGCAGGUCUGGUUGGCGGACGAUGCUACAGGUGCUGGCACUGUGAACGGUUUACUCCGAAGGUGGAACUUAGUGAUAUCUGAAGGACGCAAAUACGGAUACCAUGUUAAUGAAUCGAAAUCGUGGUUAAUAGCGAAGGACGAUAGGGUACUCGAACUUGCCAAAAUAGAAUUUAGUGGCUCCUCUAUUAAAUACACAAUAGAUGGAAAACGUCACUUAGGAGCUGUAAUUGGUAGUGCAGAUUAUAAAAAGCAGUAUGCAACGGAAAAAGUGGAUCAGUGGUGCAAUGAAAUGAGAAAAUUAGCUGAGAUCGCAAUUAGCGAACCACAAGCCGCAUUUGCUGCUUAUACUCAUGGCGAAAUGCAUAAAUUCAAUUAUUUUAUGAGAACUAUUCCAAAUAUGGAGUAUUUCCUCACACCACUUGAUAAAGUCAUCGAGGACGAAUUCCUGCCUGCUUUGUUUGGAGAGACCAUAUCGGAAACUGAUCGCAAACUGUUCAAAUUACCAAUUCGAGAUGGCGGAAUGGGCAUACCUGUGUUGACUCAAAAAGCGAAAAUUGAUUGUAACGACAUCCCUUCAAGAGAAACUGUAAGACAAGUUCGCCAUGACAGAACGGAAUUAGUCACAGCCUUACAGAGACAAGAACGUGAGAAUGUAAUCAGUGAACUUGAUAAUAAAUUGUCAAGAGUUCUUUCUCAGAAUUGCGAAAAAGGCGCAUCAAGUUGGCUUACUGUCCUCCCCCUGAAAGACCAAGGAUUUGAUUUAUCAAAGGACGAAUUCCGUGAUGCAUUCGCUUUAAGAUAUAAUCGCAAAGUCAAGAACUUACCAUCAAAGUGUACAUGUGGACAACCAUUCGAUACGAAUCAUACCAUGAACUGCAAAAAGGGAGGAUUUGUUUCUAUUCGUCACGACAACGUAAGAGAUUUUGAGGCAAACCUUCUUAAAAUGGCAUGCAAUGACGUUGAAAUUGAACCGAAACUACAACCGGUUGAAAAUGAUGAAGCCCGACUUGAUAUACGAGCUCCCGUUUUUUGGCGUCCGGGACAAUCCGCUUAUUUCGACGUUCGAAUUACCAAUGUCAACUCCAACUCACAAGCGAACAAUCCAGUAGCAGCAAUAUAUAGGAAUCACGAGAACGAAAAGAAGAGGAAAUAUAACGACCGCGUCAUCAACCUUGAACAUGGCUCAUUCACUCCACUUGUUUUUUCCAUUAAUGGAGGCAUGAGUCAAGAAGGUACCAUAUUUCACAAACAUCUCGCUGAAAAGAUUGCUAACAAGACGGGACAAAAGUAUGAACGAAUAAUGUCAUGGAUAAGAUGUAAAUAA